AUGUAAGAAAAUGAGUUUGCUAUCUCAAUUUGUGUUCCCUCUUUCAAAAAGAAUGAUGAUGUAGUCUAUUAUCAAUUAAUGUAAGUAUUUCUUUCACCGCAAAAUAAUCAAAGAUGCUCCUUUUCAGUGGAUUAUCGCUAUUCCCAUCUAAAACUAUUGCAUGAAUCCUUAUCGACUCUUAAAGCGAGUUUGCCGAAGUUUCCUCCGUCUAAUUGGUGGAGAUCCACCAAUGACAAUGAAGAAUUAAUAGAAGAGAGAAGAAAACAGUUAGAUUGCUUCUUCAAAAAUCUCUUCUAGUGUUAAGGAGUGUGCAAAAGUUUGAUUAUGAAAAAUUUCAUUCUCAAAUCUCAAUGUCUUUAUCUAAAAAAGGUCGACAAAUAAUAGCGUGAUAUUCUGAAGAAAGAAAGAAAAGCCUAAGCAGUUCCUCCCUUAAACAAACAGAAAUCAAAAUCUCAAUUGACAACUCCGAUUUGUGGACCUGCUGAAGAUCCUAUUGAGGAUCCUCGUGAGAGAUCCCGCUCUUGGGAAUUUAAAUUAACUUAGAAGAAGUCUCAAUAAGUUAGUGAGAGAGAUCCUAAGCAAUUAAGCAAUUUAAACUUUGGUGGAGUUCCUAUAUUCAAAGGCAUUCUAUUGAGAUUUAAAUGAUAAAAAUAGAUUUCAUAUAUUAUUAAAAAAUAA